CCGCCGGGCUCAGGUGACACCGGCCCCGGCGGCUCCCCGGGCCGCCGCGGAGCUUCCUGGUUCCCAGAAGGUGCCGGAGCGACCGCAACAGGAACUGAGAGACGGGGGGAGGAGGCGGUGCCGCCGCUCCGCUGCAGUCGCGGCCCGAGCCGGGGGAGCGGAGCAGCCAUGGGCCGGCGCCCACCGCCGCGGCGCUGAGCCGCCCCCGCCGCCCGAGGCAGAGGGGCCGGCGCUGCCCCCUCGCCCUUGCCGGGCGGGGCGCUUGUCCCCGAGGGGCGCUGGAGCAGCCGCCGGGGGCCCGCGAUGUGACCAUGGACAGCAGGUUCAAGGAAAAUCCAGAACGUACCUUUGAUUUGGUACUGAAAGUAAAAUGCCAAGCAUCUGAAAACAAAGAUCCAGUGGUACUGUGGAAGUUCCCAGAGGACUUUGGAGACCAGGAAGUGCUGAACAGCGUUCCGAAGUUCUGCUUUCCUUUUGACAUUGAAAGGGGGUCCCAAAACCAAGUAGGACAGCAUUUUACCUUUGUGCUCACCGACAUUGAAAGUAAGCAAAGGUUUGGAUUUUGCCGUUUGACGACAGGAGGCAGGGUCUGUCUCUGUAUUCUAAGUUACCUACCGUGGUUUGAGGUAUAUUACAAGCUCCUAAAUACCCUGGCAGAUUAUUUGGCUAAAGAACAGGAAAAUGACUCAAAUGAUUUCUUAAAAUCAUUGUAUAGCCAUCCUGUGCCAAAGGCGAACGCUUUAGUCAGUUUAAGUGUGAGCCAAGAGAUGAUUAUUGCAAGUGAGCAAGUUUUGAAAAAACAGCCUUGUCUUGUAUCGCACUCGUAUUUCAUUACUCCUGAUAUAACUGGAUUGCCAACAAUCCCUGAAAGCAGAAACCUCACUGAAUAUUUUGUUGCUGUGGAUGUGAACAACAUGCUGCAACUUUAUGCCAGUAUGUUGCAUGAGAGACGAAUCAUUAUUACCUCUAGCAAACUAAGCACUUUAACUGCUUGUGUUCAUGCGUCAGCUGCAUUAUUGUACCCAAUGUAUUGGCAACAUAUUUACAUCCCAGUGCUUCCUCCACAUCUUCUGGACUACUGCUGUGCACCGAUGCCUUAUCUAAUUGGUGUCCACUUAAGCUUAAUAGAGAGAGUAAAAAAUAGAUCACUGGAGGAUGUGGUUUUGCUGAAUGUUGACACAAACACUCUAGAAACCCCUUUUAAUGACCUGAACAACCUACCUGGUGAAGUGGUCUCGGCCUUGAAAAAUAAACUGAAAAAACAGUCUACAGCUACGGGUGAUGGAGUAGCCAAGGCCUUUCUUCGGGCACAGGCAGCACUGUUUGGAUCCUACAGGGAUGCACUAAGAUACAAACCAGGAGAGCCUAUAACUUUCUGUGAGGAUAGUUUUGUGAAACAUCGUUCCAGUACUACUAAGCAAUUCCUGGAAACUGCUGUUAAUCUUCAACUGUUCAAACAGUUUAUUGAUGGUCGGCUAUCAAAAUUAAAUGCAGGAAGAGGAUUCUCUGAUGUGUUUGAAGAAGAAAUCACAGCAGGAGGCUUUUGUGGAGGAAAUUCAAGAUCUUACCAGCAGUGGAUGCAUACAGUGAAGAAAGGUGGUGCGCUAAUCAACACAGCAAUGACCAAAGCUACUCCGGCUGUGAAAACCGCAUAUAAAUUUGCAAAAAAUCAGGCAAGGCAAGGAAUAAAAGAAGUGAAGAACAAGUUAAAGCACAAGGAGAGUGAGGAAGAGUAUGGAACUUGCAGUGCUGGUGCAGUACAGACUGCUCCCGUCUACAUGUUGCAUUAUGAGAAAAGAGGAAGCUCAGAAAAAAGAAGACUGGCACAGACUCGUUUCAACCAAUGUCUCAGUAACCAGGAUUUUGCCUUGGAUGAAGAUGAUGAUGAUGAAAUGGAGAGAACAAGCAAGUUAUCAUCAGAAGACAGUGAAGAAGCUUCUGCUUACUUUUAUGAUAGUGAUGAUUCUGGUGAAACUGGAAUAACUCCUCAGCAUCAAGGAGAAAUGGACUUGCUUGGGGAGAUUUUGGACACGCUGAGCACGCACAGUUCAGAUCAAGGGAAACUCUCAGGAGCAAAGAGCCUGGAUUUCUUUAGGUCAAUGGAUGACAUCAAUUACAAGAUUGCGAACAAGUCGAAUGCACCUAGUGAGAGCAACCUUACCCUGCUCUGCAGCAGUGCUAGUGAGCAAGUGGAGUGGAACCUUGGUCAGGAUGACAGUGCCCUCCAUGGGAAGCAGCUCCCUCCAUCGCCAAGGAAACAAGUUUCUUCUGGUGGCCAUAGAGAAUCUCUCUUAAGGUUGGAAGAAGAAAGUAGUGACAAAACCUUUAUUACUGACAAGAUGGACACCACUAGUAUGACAUCCCCAUCUCCAGUACGAUCAAGUGGCCAGUUUGCUUCUCUAGAAAGUUUUAAAGCAGGCUAUUCUUCCUAUAAAUAUGCCAAGCAGAAUGAAACACUAAGCAAUACCUCAGAUCAGCUUCCAACAAGUCUUGCUCAACAUCCAUCCGUUCUGGUCCCUUGGGAGAAAGAUGGGGAGGAAGGAAAUGAAACUCCAGAAGAGGGUGGGCUUCUUCAGGAAGUUGUGUCAUUAUGUAAACUGAGUUCUGCUUUUCACUAUGGUUUAAAUAUUUCAAAGGAUAGCUUGUCCGGCAGUAGCAGUGGAAAUAAAACGUAAGAAAACUAUGGGAAGAGAAACUUGACUCCCAUCACAAGUUAAAGGGAGAUUACUCAGGACUCCAUAUAACUCCAUAUAACAUUCUAACCAAAAGGUAAAAAGGAAUAAGAGAUCUUCGAUUACAAAAAAUAGUUGUCUUCAACUGAGUAUGCAUUUUCUACCAUUGGGACAUCCACUUCUAUGUUUACCCAGUUCGUUUGUUGGUUAGGUCCACAAAAUGGAGCUAGAUAUAUGAAUGCACUCUUAAAUCAGGUACUAGUUAGUUUCUGUGUUAAAAAUACAGCAAGUGCAUGGUGCUUCCUGGCAUUUGCUUCCUCUAAGCAGCAGGAAAGGUAUCACCUAACGGGUAACCAGGUUUUGAAGGUACUAUAUUAAUCCCAUUAAGCAUGAAAUGAACUGAGCAAUCUGAUUUGUCUGAAAUGUACAAAUGUUAAUGUUUGUAAUGAAUAAUAAUUGCCUUAAUCUUUAGAGAAGAGGUUUAACUAUCUUAGAAGACGAAUGCAAACCUACAAAACAGCAAUAAUGAUUUUCCAUAGCAAGAAUUUGCUUCAGCUAAGUGCAGGGGGGGGGAGAAAACUUUUUUUAGAUUAAGGAAUUUGUCGUGAAUAUAACUUGGAACUUAAUCCAAACUAAAACUGUGGCCCUGUCUUCCAGAUUUCAAAAAGGUAACGCAUAAUUUUCUCUCUUCUGUAAAGUACAUGAAGUGCUGAAUUAUAAUGUGACAUUUAUUAACUUUUGUUUACAACUAUGACACUUUAAAGACAUAUUAUCUGGUUUCCCUAGAUAGAGUAUUUCACCUACAAAUUUUCAGAAAGGAAAGUGUAAGUGGAAUUGAUAGAUUUAUAUUAUUUUUUAUUUUCUACAUUUUAAUAGUGUUUGAAAACUAAUUUGUGCCUCUUCUAAACUAUUUUCUGUCCAUUUUUAGUAGCUAACUUCUUUGAAAGGCGAUUGAAUUACUGUUACUUAGAAGUCAUAUUUAGUUAAAUUAUUAGUCGUGACUGAAAAUUACUUGUAACACUAGAAAAUUAAAAUUACAGUUUUAGCUUGAGACUGCCUAUAUCCAACUCUCAUUUUAGCCAAGUUGAGCAAUGAAAAAUAUCUUUCUAAAUUCAAUGAAGGAGAAUAAAUUGACUUGAUGUGUAUUGUAUUCAGAACAAGCAUUUGUCCUCCUUUUGGCAGUAUUCCUGAUGAAUAUUUGGAUAUUUAAAGUUUGAAAAUUCUUGCUGCUGUGUGGAGCAGCUCUUUCCUUAUUUUACAUUUCUUUCAUUCUUCUCCUCUUUUCUUUUUCCACCUCUCCACCUUACCAUACAUACACCGUCCUCCAUGAUAGCUCCGGACAGGAAAGGCAUGAAGCAAACUUCAGCAGAUUGGAAUUGUCAGCUUUGAAGGUUAUUUAUGAUGCAGUUGACAGAAGUAGUACAUGGAUAUACAAUGACCUCUGCUUGAGAAGAAUGCUCUCCUGCUCUUCUAAACUCAUUUCAGAAACCACCUCUCUUUCCCUUUUUGGCUGGAAUGGUUAGUCUUAAUCUCAGUAUAGGCCCAAGUGACCACGUUCACAAGGUCAAUAUUUGGAUCAGAUUGCACUUUAAUAUCUUAAGAGUAGUUCAUAGCAGAAUUUAUUAUCAGUUGCCACAUUGAGAUUUAUGAAUGAAUUUUCCUUCUAGUUGACGCAAAUGAUAAGGGGGUUUUUGGCUGCUUCGUUAUGAGGCAGCUGACCCAAGGGAAUGGAACCACAUCAUUGCAGAGGUGGUGUUUGAAGCUUUAGCAAGGAGGGGCCGCAGAGUGAGACCUUGGCUUUGUUAAUGUAAAUGUUUCACCUUGUUUCAGAAUGAGAAGGGCUGGGCCAGUACUUCUCAUUGAGGAUGAGCCUCCGGAAUUUAUUUUUUUUUUUAGUCAGUGCAAUGAAGGUGAAAGAUGGUAAAAGUGCAAAUUUUACAGAAAUAUCUGUGUCUGAUUAGAGCCUGAACAUUCCUGAGGGCAUCUGCAGGCUGCAUUGCUGCAGAAUCUCAGUGUUCCAGAGUUAGAGGUUGUAUGUGCAGAGGUCUGUACUCCAAAGUAUUUAUCCUUUGGUUUCCUCUGGUGUAUCAACAUGGUAUGUAGUGGAUUCUUUUAAGACAUAAAAAUGUUAUUUGGCAAAAUAUUUUGUGCUGCAAAUAAUCAAAAAUAUAAUAAAAAUUCUGUAAAAUCUUUGCUCUAAACUUUCCAGGUGAGUCAGACCAGGUGGCUCAGGUGCUGUUCAGAUGAGAAAGUUGCAGAGCAACCUCAUGGAUACUUGUUUAGAGGUGAUAUUAAUGAUUCUGUAGAGGACAUUCUUCUCCUUUGCUGGUACUAAACAUUACCCAAACAUAGUGCUGCCAGGUGUGCCUAAGAGAAGACCAGCAACGCAGAGGCUUUUGUUCUUUCAGCGCUUCUCUCUCGUUCUCAUCCAUGUCCUUGCAUUUUGUUGACAAGAAUGUCAAGAUCCACUUUUUCUUUUUUUCUGCAUCUGACAUGAUGUUUCUGUCCACAGUUCCAUCUAAGAUGAUGUUUUGUUUUCUUCAUUUGUUAAAGAUAAUAACAGUAUUAAUGUUGUAAGGAGAAAAAUAGAAAAAAUUCAGAAAUUACGGCCAUCAUUACUUUCAAAGCCAUCACACACCUAAGUCCAGGAAUGCUGCCAGAAAAUGGUUUUCAAAAAUGCCUCUCUGAUACAAUAAAUCUUACUGGCUUUACAUGAGAGUUUGGCACUGAACUCCUGUUAUCACAUAGAUUGUCCCAUUCUCAUCUUUGUGGAAAAACUAUGGAAGCCGCAUGAAGCUGCUAAUAUUCUUAUAGUUGUUAUAAGGAUCACAAAAUUGGAAGAUUGAUAGUGGAAUCUUUCAAAAUCAAGGCAUUGUAGUAAUAAUUCGCUGUUUCAUUGAGUGAAAAUGCAGGCUGAAAAGAAGGAAACAGGUAAACUAAAAGGUGGAAGGUAAAUUCACCUUAGAAUUAUUUUUAUUUCAGUAAAAAUUUCGUUUCUGUGCUUAUGCCAUGUUGUUUCCUUACUAUUUAUAAAGCCCAUAGAGUGUUUACAGUCAUUAAAUAGUAUGUCUUUUUUUGGUUUUGAACAUUGUAUGGGUUCAGAAAUAACUCGGUCUUAUAUCUUAUGUUGAAUUUAACUGUAGGCACAUUUUUAACUCUGUAAUAUUACAGAAUCUUUUCCACUUACUAUCAUUGAUCUUUUAAAAAGGCUAGUAUUUGUGCCUUAUUUAAACAGAAUUGCCAGUUACCAAAUAGAUAAGAUUCUAAACUGAUAUUUCCAGUUUAACACUGUUGUUCUUUGUCCUUGUGAUAAUGUAAAACUGUUUAUUGGCUACAUAUACAGUAUUUUUCUUACCACAUUGGGUUCUAUAUUCAGAUAAAUUGUCCGGGUCCAGUAAUUUUUACAAGUUUUAUACUUGUAUGCUUUUUGUUUGUGGAAAUCCUUCUAAUGUCUUUGAAAAAUCAUCAACAUUCAGCACCAGCGGCUGGUGAGAACUGUUCUGCUCAGUCGCGGCUUCUGUGGUGGUCUUCAGAGGCAUCUCUUUUCUUCAGGAUCUCAAAAAUCUUCUCAUUUCUCCUGUUUAAGGGAGCUAUCAGGUUAUUUGAUUAAGCUUUGUAAUCUGUUACUUAGACGUAGGAACAAAUUUCUGGUGUAGAAAGUUAAACUAGGACUUGAAUUUAAUAUCUUCGAGUUUGUUUUGCAUAGAUGUCUGCCUGAAAUGAGCCGUAUCACUCAUCCAGUUUGGGAGGAAAAAAGUAAGGGCAUAAGACAGAGAAAGGGAUUCCUGGGUUGUUCUGGUGGGAUGUGGGGAAGCAGAACCUGGGGGUCCUCAGGAGGGAUAACUUUGAGGAAAUACAGAUUUCAGGAUAUUGUUUAAUGUUCUAGCUCAGUUGCAGUGAUUCCAACCCAGCCACACAGGCAAAAGUAAUAUUGCCUAUGGAAUUAAAACCCGUGGGAUUUGCAGAAUGGAUAAUACGUUGUCCCAGUCAAAGCCUUCCCGUCUGUGUGUAUGGAGGUGCAACAUGUGAAAAACAGUGCCAGGUAUUCAGGGAAGGACAGUACUGUGGAUGCAGAGGUGAUCCCUGGCUGCCCCCUAUGCAUGCAGAGGGCAGUCCGUGUAGAGUAGACAGUGGUUUGCGCUUCCAUCCUGUGUAUUUGGGUGUCACGUAGCUCCAAAAAAUAGACUUGUUCUGAAGGAAAAAUGUAGUUGUAGAAGUUGUGAUAGAACUUGUUGACUGAACCCUUCAUUGUCAUUUAGCAUUUCAGUGUUUUCAGUGCUGCUGCUGCUGUUGGGGUGGGGUCACCAGGAGCCCCCACGCUGGCUGCAGUCCCCUUGGGCCCUGUGACACAGGCUGCAGCCAGAGUUCUAGACACAUGCUGGGUGCUUUUGAGAAUCCCACCCGAUCUAUUAGAGGAGUGGUUUAGAUCUCAAAAUUCUGUUUUGGAUGUCUUUUCAGGUUUUAGAAUGAGCUAAUUUGCAGCCUCAUGUUCUUGUAACUGAUGUAGAGUCCAGGCAAAAGAACAGUUAAGCCAGGUUUUUAAAAUGGCUUCUAUUUCUUCACCUACAAUCAAUCGUAUUCAGUCCCGCAGAACAAUCUUUCAUUGGUGCAGCUGCCUGAUGGAAUUGCUAGGAGCAUCUAAAAUCUUUUUUCUAUGUGUGUAAUUAAUUGAAGAAACAUUUCAUGCAAUAAUUGAAGUGCCAGCAUGAGGCCCUUUUGCAAACACGCCCCCGUGUAAUGCCAGCUGCGGUGCCCUGUCCUGCAGGAACGAGCUCCGUAGCCACUGACCAUCCUGGCUCCGCAGGGAGAGGCCCAGGGUGGCCCUGAUUUCCAGGGGGGUUAGCAUCUUCUCCCUGGGCACCAGGCCCUAGCCCAGGUGCUGUGAGACUCCAGCCAGUGUGUUCCCACCAACCUGAAGUUUCAGGCUAAACAAAUGUGGCUAGUAAAAUGACACCCGAGGCAAGCAGCUUCCUUAUUGCAAAGCUCAGGGUGGUGAAGGCUGGCUGUUCGCGUUUGGAGAAUGAAUGUAGAAAUAAAUGCGCCAGCAAAACCAGUAUGAAUGGUGAUGUGACUGGUCUGCGGUAACUUCUUUGCUACUAUUAGAUGUGUAUGCCUUUGCCAAGCGUUGUUUGCCUGUCAACAGAAUGUGGACUGAAUAGAGUGUCCUCAUCUUCACCCCAAGAGCACGGACCACAGCUGGUCUAGAAUUCAUGUUCUUCGGAGUGGUUGAAAGUAAAGGGAUGGGGUUUUUUUGUUUGCUUGUGGGUGGCUGGUUUGUUGGGGUUUUUUGUGCAAAAUGUUCCUUGUUUUGCUUUGCAAUGUCUGUUUUACAGUUUUAGUUAGUGGCCAGUUGAAAGGACUUGGUAGGUCUUUCCUGGAAUAUGCUGAACUUCUAAGCAGAGUUGCCUGACGAGUCCACAGCCACGUUAGCCUAGAGGGCCGUCCACCAUCUGCGUAGUUGGCAGGGCCGUUGCCAUUUUCCACUGGGUGGGCGUAUGAGGUGGGUAACACAGUUGGAAGUUACUCCAAGGUUUACUGUAAUAAAAGGUACUCAAAUUAAUUUGUACUAUUACUUAGGUCAAUACUAACGGCAUUGGUAUUUAGAGUCCAGUAACAGUAUUAGCAUUUGAAAAAUAAGUUGAGUUCAAGUAUGUUGACGUUUGUUAUGAUUCUGUGCAAAUUGACAUUCUCUUUCUGUUAAAAAUAAGGGAGAUACUUGGUUGGGGGCGGGGAAUGUGUUGACUUUCAAAUCUUCAGUGAUUUUUGUGCAAUAUUUCUCCUUGUUUCAAAGUAAUUUAGUAUUGCACAUCUGCUUUUCAAGCAGAUCCUUGGAGUGGUAUUUUUCAAAAAUGUGUAAAAAGACAUGAAGCUUUGAAAUACGGUUGUAUGAUAAAAACAUGAAGAAUAUAUUCUAAUGAGGCAAAUGUUUAUUUCCAAUGAAUGGGAAUGAUUAUGGAUGUCACAUUCUAUGGAAAUAAUAAGGCCUAAGCCAAUAUUCGCCUACUGGUAGUUCUAGGUAGUUAUUAAAGCUAUGACCCGGUUAAAUUGAAGUAAGGUUAAAUAUUAGAAUUUAUGAGGUUUAAUUUAUCAUUUAAUCAUUUGUUUGUCAUUGGUGAAAAAAUUAGGAGUUAAGCAUUGAUUUUUAGUACUGCCAAUUAGGUGAGAGUUCAUGGUGAUGACCAAAUGUAUUAAGAAUGUAGUUUGUGACAUCCCUAAUUAUCGUCAUUACUUAAAAUAACUACUAAUGUUGCCAGUAUCCUUUUAACUUUUUGUAAAUUAAUUUCUUUGUAUAUUGAUGUACAUUUUGUUUUAACCUUUGGUUUUUCCUUAAGAACUUUAAUACACUUGAAUGAGGCAAUAAAGCACUGUGGAACAGCUAGUCUUGGGGCAGCUUACACACAGGCUGCAAACAUGACGUCUGUUACUUCAUGAUUUUUGAGGAGGAAGAGAAAUUUAAAACGCUCACAUAUUUACCCAACUCACAAUUUAUGUUCGUUAUUUUUAUAUCUGUGUCUGAUACAUUGAGGAAUGCCUCAACUUGGAACAAAGCAACGUUAUGUAUCCCAGUGCUUCUAAUUCUUUUUCAGAAUGUGUUUUUAGUGACCUUUGAAAACCAUUCCUGAUAACGUCCUUAUUGUGAGCCUUUAACACUUGUAGGAAAGGCAUGACAUACAGGGCAUUUUGAGGUUUUAUUGAUAAUUUUAAUAAUUUUGGAGAUUUAAAAACCCCCAAACAACAAAAAAAAACCAACCAACCAGCAUUGUCCUAACAGUUUUAAAAAUUCAGUUAGUUACUGACUUUUAAUAAAACUAGAACCAAAUCUAAGAGUUUACUCCAUGCUUUUACAUCCUCUGGACUACUGUUCAAAGUCAUCUCAAGAACUGUAACUCAGACCUUAGACUACUGUCAGUAGUGCACUGUCUAGAUGUAGUAAAUGAGCUGUGAUGUGCGGUGUGUUUUGUUUUCUUCUUUUUCCUUCCAAGUUUGUGGCGUCAGUAGAAGUUUUUGGUGAACUCCACAUUACCAUAAAGUGCCCAACACUGUACUAUAAAAUAAAAUUUAACAAUAUCAAAAUUC